AUGGAUGGGGUAAAUGUGGAUGCGCCGAGCAGAGUGGAACGUUGCGAGUAUGCUGAUGGCGAGGAGGAUGCAACUGCGAAAUGGGCAGUGAAAACGCAAAACAACGGCAGAACAUUUGCAAUAGAGGAAAUCGACAAUUCCGACGAGCCGAGCCCAGCGGACAUUCGGGGAAACGUAAGGAUGAGCAUCGAUCGGGAUGGCUCUGAUAUCAGUACGAGUGCUUUGGUGAAACGGGGGCAGGAUCGCUUGUUGCGGGAAAUCGUUGUUGCCAGAGAAACAGACGAACAAACAAACAGAUUAAUAUGUAAAAUUGUUGAAUAUUGGCGCACGCUGAGUCCACUGACGCCCCAAGCAUUGGUGUCUCGGGCAGUAAAGCCGAAACCAAAGAUGCAGGUUGUUGUGGUCAGUAUCCUACAACAGUACGUAAUAAUAACGCACGAACAUCAGAUUUCUAAAGGAUAUGUGAUAGCGAACAGGUGUCGGUUCAAGAAUAGCUACAGCUGA